GACGCGUUAAUGGACGCUCUGUUGUCGUUGGGAGCCACUACAUGCUCAAUAGAAGACGCCAAUACAGGCACAGAAGCCGAGCAGGAGAUAUACUCAUCGGGGCCUAUUCCCUGGGAUCCCAGUGGCCCCCGAAACCUCUGGAAUCAGACUCGGCUCCGGGCGACUCCUUCCAUCCCAUCCGCGUGGACCAAGGCCUUUGGAUCGUCCCCUCCUGGGCCACACUGCCAGAUGAGCUCUCCCAGGACCAGUCCCAAGACCAGUCCCCUCUUGCAAUCACUCUAGAGCCCGGUCUCGCAUUUGGCACCGGCGAUCACCCCACCACGCGCCUCUGCCUGCGCUGGCUGCGCUCGGUCGUGACACCUGGCAGCACGCUAUUGGACUACGGCACGGGCUCGGGCGUGCUUGCGAUUGCGGGGAUCAAGAUGGGAGCAGCAGCAGCGGUGGGGGUGGAUAUCGAUGAACUGUCAGUGGCAGCAGCUGCCCACAACGCAUCCCUUAAUAGCGUUCCCUCUUCACAAUUCACCGUCCUUCUCACACACCCGGACGGCCCAGACCCUCUUAACGAGUUUGACAAUAAUGAAGCAGGAGGGACCCGUGCGAGGGAACUAAGGGGUGGUGACGGUGUAACGCUGCCGUCUCUGCCUGCUGAGCUGGCGGUGUCUGAUUCGUCGGAGCCACGUGUGCUGUUUGACGUUGUGGCUGCUAACAUCCUUGUGAACCCUCUGCUCCUAUUGGCCGAACGGAUAUCUUCCAGGACCAAGCCUGGUGGGAGGCUUGGGCUGUCAGGGAUAUUGACCAAUCAGGUGGAGCAGGUAGUUACGGCAUACACUCCAUAUGCAAAAGUAAUAUCUGUUGAAGAGGAGGAUGGGUGGGCCCUUGUUUCACUUGCAAAGAAACCAGUGAAACUUUUCAAAAAAAAUUGA